GCAGCGCUGCACAUUGUUGAUGGUACUGCAGUCUUCUGGGACCUGUCAAGUGUCCGCAUUCCCUUGGUCAUUCCCUAUACUGUCUGCAGUCUCUGGUCAUCCCCUGUACUGUCUGCAGUCUUUGGUCAUCCCCUGUACUGUCUGCAGUCUCUGGUCAUCCCCUGUAUUGUCUGCAGUCUCUGGUCAUCCCCUAUACUGUCUGCAGUCUCUGGUCAUCUCCUGUACCCUCUGCAGUCUCUGGUCAUCUGUACUGUGUCCACAGUCUCUGGUCAUCCCCUGUACUAUGUCCGCAGUCUCUGGUCAUCCCCUGUACUGUCUGCAU